AGAAACAAAGUUGGUUACAAAUCACACUGGUGGUUAUUUUUUUUUUUUUUCACCCUUCUUUAGCAGGCGACCAUGGGGAAAGUGACCACUGCCGUCAGAGCGGGCAGCCCGGGUGGCUCGGGGCCGCGGGGGCGCCUGUAACUUCUCCGCGACCAUGGUACCUGUUGAAAACAGCGAGGGCCCCGGGCUGCUGAGCCCCGGGAGGACGGCGGCGGAGACCGAGGGCAGCGGCGCAGCCAGCGGCAGCCGGCAUCCUCCCUGGGCCAGAGGUUGCGGCAUGUUUACUCUCCUGUCAUCUGCCACAGCUGCUGUCAGUGGCCUCCUGGUGGGUUAUGAACUUGGGCUCAUCUCUGGGGCCCUUCUUCAGAUAAGAACCUUAUUAAACCUAACCUGCCAUGAGCAGGAGAUGGUUGUGAGCUCCCUCCUCAUCGGGGCCCUUCUGGCUUCCCUCACUGGAGGGGUCCUGAUUGACAGGUCUGGAAGAAAGGCUGCCAUCAUCUUGUCAUCCUGCCUCCUUGGCCUCGGAAGCCUAGUCUUGAUCCUGAGUUUAUCUUACACAGUUCUCAUAGUAGGCCGCAUUGCUAUAGGGGUUUCCAUUUCACUCUCUUCGAUCGCCACGUGUGUUUACAUCGCAGAGAUUGCUCCACAACACAGAAGAGGUUUUCUCGUGUCCCUGAAUGAGCUGAUGAUUGUCACUGGCAUACUUUUCGCCUACAUUUCAAACUACGUGUUUGCCAGUGUUACCCAUGGAUGGAAAUACAUGUUUGGCCUUGUUAUUCCCUUGGGAGUUUUGCAGGCAAUUGCAAUGUAUUUUCUUCCUCCAAGUCCCCGGUUUCUGGUGAUGAAAGGACACGAGGAAGCUGCUAGCAAGGUUCUCAGAAAGUUGAGAGGCGUCUCGGAUGCAACGGAGGAACUCACUAUAAUAAAAUCUUCCCUGAAAGAUGAGCAUCAGUAUAGAUUUAGGGAUCUGUUUCGAUCAAAGGACAACAUGAGGACCCGGAUAAUGAUAGGCUUGACACUGGUAUUUUUUGUGCAAGUCACUGGUCAGCCAAACAUACUAUUCUAUGCAUCAACUGUUUUGAAGUCUGUUGGUUUCCAAAGCAAUGAGGCAGCCAGUCUCGCCUCCACAGGGGUUGGAAUCGUCAAGGUCAUCAGCACCAUUCCUGCCACUGUCCUUGUAGACCACAUUGGGAGCAAAACCUUCCUCUGUAUCGGCUCCUCGGUGAUGGUAGCUUCACUGGUGACCAUGGGCAUCGUGAAUCUCAACAUCCCCAUAAACUUCACCAGUAUCUGUAGAAGCCAUAGCCCUAUCAACAAGUCCCUGGAUGAGUCUGUGUUUUAUGGGCCAGGAAAUCUGUCAGCCCGUGAUGACUCUCUUAGAGAACUCUUUAAGGGGAUGACUGCCCACACCAGAAACUCCCUAAUGCCCACAAAAAAUGAUGUGGAUAAGAGAGGGGUGACGACCUUUCCAAGUGCUGGACUGAGCCAAGCUGAAUACCAGACAGUCACAGACCCUGCGGACGUCCCAGCUUUCUUGAAAUGGCUUUCCUUAGCCAGCUUGCUUGUUUAUGUUGCUGCUUUUUCAAUUGGUCUAGGACCAAUGCACUGGCUGCUCCUGAGCGAGAUUUUUCCCGGUGGAAUUAGAGGACGAGCCAUGGCUUUAACUUCUAGCAUGAACUGGGGCAUCAAUCUUCUCAUCUCUCUGACAUUUUUGACUCUGACCGAGCUCAUUGGCUUGCCGUGGGUUUGCUUUAUAUAUGCAAUCAUGAGCCUCGCAUGCCUGGCUUUUGUCGUUGUGUUUAUCCCCGAGACAAAGGGACGCUCUUUGGAACAAAUAUCAGCGGAGCUGGCAAAAGCGCGCCCAGCACUGUACUAGGAAAGAAUUGAGGACAUAGGAGACGAGGAGUCCCCAGCUUCUUCCGUCGAGGAGGCAGGCAAGAAAAUACAGAGCAUCACAAAUAUUUCUCAUUGUUGGCAAGCACAAAGGAAAAUCACAUAUAUUAGAGGAUGUCAUUUAUAACAUCUUCCUGAGAGAGAGAAUACCGAAGCAGAAUCCUGAAGGAGUGAUCUGGGCCAAGAGGAGUACGUGGGAGUCAGAGGAGAAUCGCACUCAGAGGCCAGUGUGCUCACUGGUGGGGUCUGAAGAGGACAAGUUCUGGGUUGGGGAUCGAGAGAUGAGUCCAGAGCACAGGGCAGAGAGGAGUCAGGAAGGGUCUCGUCCGUCUUGGUAAAGAAUUUGAAUUUCAUGCUGAAGGCAGUGGGGUAUAUUUAAAACAAUAGGGCAGGGGAUAAAAAAGUUACCUGAUUUUUUACGGAGGACUCUGGCAAAAUACUGAGAUUGGAAGGGGGCUGCUGAGUGAGGGAGACCAAUGGGAGUCUUGUGAAGAAAUGGGGUAGAAAACUAUGGGGCUGGAUGGUGUGCACGGAUGAAAUUAGAUGACUUGGAGCUGGAUUGGAAAAGACAGUUGAGGGAAAGGAGAAAAUCAGGAUCUUUCUCGAGAAUAGAGAACUAACCCAUUUGGGGACAUCCACCGAAGUAAGACGAGGAGGAGGAAGAGCAGCUUGGGAGGCUGAAGUCUGGCGGGGGCUCCCAUACCACACUGAGUUCAGUUUGUGCGUACUGUCUGUGGGUUCCUAUAGGACACACGAGGGGAAGGAAGAAAAGAACAGUGUGCGUUGGAAGCUGGUCCUGGACAUAUCAGUGUUUAGAAAGAAGUGCGUAUAAAAUCCGGGGCAGACCCACAUUUUGUGAAGCCUAAGCUUUUCAGGGCCUUGUUGAAGGAAAAAAAAGAUACAAAUUAUGAAUGUAAAAUUAGGUAUGACUGUGUGUGUCUUAGAAGAAAGAGGCUGUGAAGUGAGCGGCCCCGGGGUUGAAGUGUCAUUGCCCUUAUGGUAGGUCCAUCUUGAGCCUUUCUAACUUUUGCACUUUUUAACUACCUGUUUAUUAGCUGGGGGAGUGAAAUAAAGGUUUGCUAAACAACACUAAUUACAAAGUUGAGCUGGAGAGAAAGCUAUUAUGAAUGAGCUGAACAAAAAAGGACCUACUUACUCUGCUAUCACUCCCUAUUACAUUCUUUUUUUUAAAAAAAAAAGUCUAACUCGAAACUGGAAUGAAUAAAUAAUUUGGAAUUAAGGUUAAGAAAUUUUCAGGUCUAUUUUUCAUAUGGGGUUGUUGGAAUGUAUCAAAUUGCCAACCAAAUAAAAAUAUGAGGACAAAA